GGCCCCGCCUGGAACUCGUUUUUCUGCCUAUCGCCGCGUUAAAGCUGCGGGUGGAGGUUAGGUUUCCCACCGGACGAGUGAUGGAGGUGCCCGGCAGGCUGCGCGGUGCGGCCGGCGGUGCGGGGCAGCACUGAGCAGAUCACUUCAUAGCCAGACAGAGAUGGCCUUGGAGCAGAUAACAGGAAAGGACUGGUACCAAAUCCUGGGUGCACAACCAUCCGACAGCCCGGCAGAACUGAAGAGGAAGUACCAAAGACUGGCUUUGUUAUAUCACCCAGACAAACAGAAGGCAGAUGUGCCAGCAGGAGAAGUGGAGGAGCGUGUGCAGAGGUUCAUCGAAAUUGAUCAAGCGUGGAAAAUUCUAGGGAAUGAAGAGACAAAAAAAGAGUAUGACCUGCAGCAGCGUGAGAAUAAUCUGACAAAAGAAUGGCCAGUACAUGCACAGAUUUCUCUUGAGGAUAUGUCCUGGAAUGAAGAUGAACAAUGUUACACUCUUUCAUGCCGAUGUGGUGGGAGUUAUGCUGUCUCCAAGAGCGAAAGUAAAGAUGUAUCUUUGGUGUGUUGUGACACAUGUUCACUUGUGAUUGAGAUCCUCCGGUGACUGCUCCAGAUGAGGAUGCUGAGUUACAGACUUUCAACACACUGGACACGCAGGACAGCAUCUCAUGGGACAGAUGGAAUGCUCCAAGUUCAGUCUGUUUUAAGAGAGGAAACCUGCCCAUUUACUAACAUAUCUCUAAAGACACAGUACUUGUUCUUUGUUCUCUACAACCAAAGAGCAAUUUAUAAAGAAAACUUCCAGAACCCAAUAAUAAGUUCUGUACACCUGGACUAUGUCUGAACAACCUUUAUUUCCCAGCAAACAACAGAGCGGCUUCUUUCUGUCUCUUAUCGACUACAACUUGGGCCUUACCUCUUAAGUAAGUUAAAUCCUUUUAAAGGCUCAGAUGACAAAAUUUAAUCAGAGGGCGUACAUGUGAGAAGCCUUUGAAGAUAAUGAAGAAUCAGGUGUAUUAAUGGGAAAUGGGAAUUGUAACAAUCAGAAAGAUCAACGUGAUGGAAUGGUGAUGGAGAAGGUGUAAUGACACAGGGACUAGCACAAUAGAAAGGGCUCAUAAAGGAAGGGAAAAAGACUGCUCAGUCGUUUCCAAAGAUCUAGGCCCACAGGGAUAAACUCCACAAAGGAGAGAUCUCCAAUCAGAGCUCUUUCCCCAGUGGCAGUCAGCCCUUAAAUGGGGUCUAAGAAAGGUGCAGCCAUGCUUUACCCCUUCUGCUCACACAGCUGGAAUUCUUUUGCCUGUGCUUCCAGGACUGACCUGGUCCUUUCCCAGGUGCCCCAUCAUGGGUUCAGGCUGUGAUUCAACAGCUUCCAUAAAGGAAUACUUUCUGUUUUGAUGCUAAAUAUUUAAAUUAGUUUCUGUUAAGUUCUCAAAAAGGACUUGACCCCUAGAAAGAGAUGCUAAAGGUUUGCAGAUCUAACUGGGUGGUUCUCCUGGUACAAAGUAGCCAGUACAGUGCUCAUUCACCAGCACUGCACCUACAUUAUCUUUUCAGCUUAGAGUCAGUGCUGUUCAAUUGACUCUAUCCAUCAUCUGAACAAAUGCAGGCUUCAUGCAAUAUAUGACUCCUACCGGGCAUACAGUCCACUGGGUCCAAGUGGAGCUAGAUUGAGGAAAAUCCUACCAAACACAUAUGAGUAAAUAGGUAUCAGAUCUACAAACUUUUCUGUCUAAAACCUAGCAUGACACAAUACUUGCUAACAUAGGUGCAGCCUAUGUGUGGCUCCAGCUGUGUGACAAUGUAACAGUGCAUCUCUUCAUCGCUUGUUAACAGGCAGUUUUAACUCUGUCUUCUAAUAAAAUGCAAAACUUUUUUACUAAA